AUGACGGGUGAUGCUGGAACCCCUGAAAUGCCAAGCACCAGCUCCGACCUCCUCCACCGUCUACGCCGCUACUUCCCUCGCUGGUCCCCUCGCCCCCCGGUCGUGGUCUCCCGCGGCAGCCGCGAGGUGGUGCUGGUCUACUCCGCCGGGGUCUGCUCCCGGGUACCCGGCCUGCUGUACACCGUGCAGAGGAAGGAGAAGAUCCCGCCAUGGGUUACUGUGUAUAGCGGUGGUAAAACGGAAGUAACCAUCAAAAACCUCGCGCCGGGUCAUCCUCAUCGGUUCAGGCUAAAAAUCAUCAUUAGAGCAUCAGCGCUUGACAAGAUGGCUGCCAUGGAACCUGGUGAUGAUGAUGAUGUAUUGGACGCGAUCGAGAGCAUAGUAAAGGAAGUUGGUGGUGUUGAAGAGAGUAAAGAAAAUAGGAGCCCUUCCCACCAACCCUGGUUGGAGUCCAGGUGGUCUGAGGAGGUGUGGGCGAGCACGGACUCCGAGGGCACCUCCGCCGCCUGCUUCUGCAUGGCCGUGCGCUGCGGGUACCUCGUGCAGGUGCAGCAGAUGCUGGAGGCUCGUCCGGAGCUGGUGGGCGUGGUCAACAGCAGCAGCGGCCUGACGCCGCUCGCCACCGCCGCCAGGAGAGGAGACACGAGCAUGGUCCGGCAGCUGCUGGCGUCGGGCGCGGAGGUGGACCAGCGGUCGGCACACGGGCGGACGGCACUGCACGUGGCGACCCUACACCACCACCUCGACACGGCGCACCUGCUGCUGGCCAGCGGGGCCGACUACACCUUACGAGACGUGAACGGCAUGCGUAUAGAGCACUUUGCUGUGGACAGCGGCGCGCUGGACGCGCUGCGCUUGGCGGCGGGAAGGGGCGACAUCAGAGUCAAGGACAACAACGGAUGGACGCCGCUGUUUAGAGCUGUGGUCCAUGGUGCGUCUUCAGAGAUGGUAGCUGAGCUGCUGGCGCGGGGCAGCGAGGUGGACGUCACAGACCGUCGAGGACUCACCCUGACGGCCGCAGCGCGCCUGCUGAGGGGCAGACUAGGCGCGAACCGCGACUCCAUCCUGAAGCUGGUGGACAGUCAGUACCAGCACGAAAAGGCGCUCGCCAACUUCACGCGCAUCACCAAGAAGAUAUCCAGCAUACACUCCCUGCUCGCCAGGAAAUAG